CUCGUCUUUCGCCUUUGUGUCUGCACAGAGAAGGCGUGAAGAAGUAGCUGCAGCGGGAGAAACAGGCACUGGGUCUGAAGAUGCUUUGAAAAUUGGACUUUGUGGAAACAGGAAUGCUUCUGAUUCACCCCUGGACCACGAUUUACCUCUAAAAACAUAAUUUGCCUCUCUUCCACUGUGAAACUAAACCACACUGUGACUUGUGUGACUGUAACUCUGGACCAUGAUGUCUCUGUGGCUGUUCCUGCUCCCCUGUCUGAGCCUCGUGGCCCCGGCUCCGGCUGAGAAAGGUCUGGAGUUCCCACAGUACGACGGGAAAGACCGCGUCCUGGACAUCGAUGACAAAAACUACAAGAAAGCCCUGAAGAAGUACAGCAUGCUGUGCCUGUUCUACCACGAGCCCACGGGAGACAGCAAAGAGCAAGUGAAGCAGCAGCAGAUGACCGAGCUGGUGCUGGAGCUCGUGGCUCAGGUUAUGGAGGAUAAGGACAUUGGCUUUGGAAUGGUUGACUCCCACAAAGAUUCAAAGGUGGCCAAGAAGCUGGGUUUGGAGGAGGAAGGCAGCGUGUACGUUUUUAAGGCCGAUCGGGUGAUCGAGUUCGACGGCCUGCUCUCCGCCAACACCCUGGUGGAGUUCCUGCUGGACCUGCUGGAGGAGCCGGUGGAGCUGAUAGGGAACGCUCUGGAGCUGAGAGCGUUUGAUAGGAUGGAGGAAGACAUCCGAAUCAUCGGAUACUUUAAGAGUGAAGACUCCGAGCAUUAUGAAGCUUUCAAAGAAGCUGCAGAGCAUUUUCAGCCCUACAUUAAGUUCUUUGCCACCUUUGACAAAUCUGUGGCCAAAGAGCUGACUCUGAAGUUAAACGAAGUGGACUUCUACGAGCCCUUCAUGGAGGAGCCUGUCACCGUCCCAGGGAAGCCGCACUCCGAGGAGGAUCUGGUGGAAUUCAUAACUGAACACAGGCGACCAACUCUGAGAAAGCUUCGUGCAGAAGACAUGUUUGAGACCUGGGAGGAUGACAUUGAAGGCAUCCACAUUGUGGCUUUUGCGGAGGAGGAGGACCCUGAUGGAUAUGAGUUCUUGGAGAUUCUGAAGGAAGUGGCCAGGGACAACACUCACCUGCCUGAGCUGAGCAUUGUCUGGAUCGACCCUGACGACUUCCCCCUGCUCAUUCCCUACUGGGAGAAGACCUUCAAGGUGGACCUGUUCAGGCCGCAGAUUGGAGUAGUCAACGUAACAGACGCCGACAGUGUGUGGCUGGAGAUGGACGACGAGGAGAACCUGCCCAGCGCUCAGGAACUGGAGGACUGGAUCGAAGACGUGCUCUCUGGCAAAGUCAACACUGAGGACGAUGACGAUGACGACGAUGAUGACGAUGACGAUGACGAUGACGACAAUGAUGAUGAUGAUGAUGAUGAUGAAGAUGAUGAAGAUGACGAGUAACUCUUCAGGUUGAGUUGAACAUGGACAGUUGUCUAAAGUCCAUAUUUUCAAAUUUAUACGUGCCUGCUAAUAAUAAAAUGAAUAAGUGUAAUAUAAAAAUUAUUCUUGACAAUGUAUAUAAGCCUAAAAAAAAAAGUUUGGGAAUUUCAAAUAAAAAUACAUUAUUAUUUAAAUGCUAUAUUAUAAACUGAGUUGUAAACUUUUAAAUAAACCACUGUCAUCGCCAA